ACUUGUACAUUUUGUUUUGUUAAUUCGGGAAUGUUUUUAAUUUAGUGAACAGAUACUGGAUGAAGUGUUUAUAAAAGUAGUUUUGGCUCCAGGAAAGUAGAAAAAGUGAAAAUGGAACUUAGAUAACUAGCUAGCAACUGACAACCUGUUGAUUGUUUACGGGUGAUGUGACGUAGGAUUUGAUUUAAAAAUAUAAAUAUAAAUAUGGCUAAGAAUUAAAUCAGAAACGCACAGAAUCAGUAGCCGGAUUAAAUAAUCCGAUUUCAUUUGUCAUGUAAACUCGGGUGAACUGGUUUCUUCUGCUCCUCGCUCGGCUAUGAGACUUCCUGAUGUGUAACUCAGACCGAGAGCUGGUUGAAGAUGUGCUGUCCCUGAGAAAUCAGUUGAGAAGAACCGAGAGGAACCUGCAGGCUCUGGGAGAACAGUUAAGCCAGUCGGAAAAUGACAGCAUCACGGAGCACAUAAACGGGAGCGGAUCAGAUGGAUUCUCAGGUCACGUCACCUUCGAUGAGCUUCACAAUCCUGGUGCUGUGAAAGCAUCGUCAUAUCCAGGAAGAGUGGCGAGAUCCAGCACGCCGAAGCCAGCAGAGCAGAAAACUUGUGCAAGAUCGCACAGCUCUGACUGUAGACUCCGAUCAGACAGAGACAUGGAGAACGAGGCGGCUCAGCUCAGGAGGAAGCUCAGCUCAGUGAGGGAGGAGAACUCGUCUCUGGUGCUGGAGAACAGGCAGCUGAUCAGCGACCUGGAGGCCGCACAGCUCGAGCUCACCAGCUCCAAGUCUAAGAUGCGUGUUCUAGGUUCCACCAUAGGAGCAAAGACCUCCAGCGUGUCCAUCAUGAAGGAGCAAAUCCUGGACUUGGAGGCACAGCUGGAAGCUCAAGCCACAGCUUUACGGGAAGCGGACCUGAAGCGUGCAGCGAGUGAACAGACUGCACUGCAGUGUAACAGAGUGGUGGAGAAACUCAGAGAAGAGCUGGAUGCGGUGAAAUCGGAGCUGUGCGAUAAAACUCGGCAGUGGAAGCGGACGGAGCAGCAGAGGAACCAAGCUCUACGAAACGCAGAGAAACUCACUGUGGCUUUCAAAGACUACAAAGAAGACGUUGCUGAAAAGUUAAAGAAGGUGAUGGAGAAUGAGGGCAAGCUGAAGGCGAGUUUAAUCGAGUGUGACCGAGAAAGAGAGGAGCUGGAGAAAAGGUGUACAGAGCUGGAGAGAGAGAGGGAGAGGACGAGUCACAGCCUGAGCAGGGAGCUGAAGGAGGCGCAAGUCCAUUCGGAGGCUCUCUCCGACGAGCGUCAGGAGCUGCAGGGCCGAGUCCAGCAGGCAUCAGAGCAGCUGAGUCGACUGCAGAGGGAGCUGGAGCAGAAGGAGAAGCUGCUGGAGGAGGUGGAAGGACUCAGGAGGGAGAGGGAGGACCUGCGUCUCCUCACGGCCUGUCAGGAACAGAGGCUGACUCAGACUCACAGGGACAUGGAGCAGGCCAGAGCAGAGCUGGCCAGUCUGGAGAACAUUCUGGACUUGUUGCAUCUCAGAGAGAAUCGAGAUGGAGCGUUGUGUGUGAAUCCCUGUCUUUUACCCUCGCCGACUUUGACCGCAGUCACAGAGAAUCUCCAGCACAGGCCAGGUGAGGGGUAUCAGAAGCUGCUGGCGGCGCUGCAGAGCGUGGAGAAGGAGAAGACGAGGCAGGCGAGCGCCGCACAGAGCCUGCAGGAGAGACUGAGCCGAGCGCAGGACGAGAUCUCGUCCCUCCAGACCUCCAUCACGCAGAGAGCCUCUCACUACCAACAGCUUCACAACCAGCUGCUGGAUAAAGCUGCUCAGGCCACCACGCUGGAGAAAGAGCUGAAGAAGAAGAGCUCGCGUCUGGCUGUGGUGGAGAAACAGCUGCAGGAGAAAAGUGCUGCUUACUCACAGGCUGCUAUUAAAACCAGCCAGCUGGAGCAGGAGCUGAUGGAAAAGGACAGCAGCAUCCAUCACUACCAGUCGCUCCUAAAGAAGAGACAGAGAGAAUAUCAGCAGGCUAUGGAGACCUCCAAGAUGGCCGAAACACACAGAUGCAGGGAACUGGAGGACCGGAUGGAGGUGUUGCAGUUAUCUCUGGCACAGAGUCAGGCUGAAGUAGUGGAGUUAAAGCAGACUGUGUCUGAUCUCCAGUCAGAGAAACAGGAAGUGGAACAUCAGGUUGGUUUACUGCAGGCGUCAGUGGAUCAGCUUACACAGGAAAUGGAGAUGAAGGACAAGCUUAGUGAAGAAACAGUGCAUGCUUUUGAAGAGCAAGCCUUAGAGUCGGCUACUAAGAUGAAGUUCAUGGAGUCGGAGCUGACGUGCUGUAGGGACGAGCUGAGCGAUGGCCUGCAGCAGGUUGAGAAGGUCAAGCAGCAGUACGAGAAGCAGCUGGAGCUGAAGAACUCGGAGUUGUCAGUUCUACAGGAGGAGGUGAGGAGCAGAGCGCUGGCCUGUGAGAGCUCCGGUGAGGAGAACCUGCAGCUGCAGCGCUCCAUGCAGAGACAGCACGCCAUGUUGCAGGAGAGCACCAGCCGCAUCGGCCAGCUCGAGGACAGCCAGAGUCACCUGCAGAGCCAGGUUUCUCAGCUGGAGCAGGAGCUGGAGAGGGAGCACACCACCGCGUUACACCAGCUCAGGAGGAAGCAGGCGGAGGUGGAGGAGGCCAAGCAGGAGGUGCAGGAGAAGGAGAAGCAGACUGCUGAGCUCUCUGCUUCCAUAAUGAAGCUGAGCUCCGAGAUGAACGCAUGCAGAGCGGAGCUUACAGACAUGGAGAAGGAGCUGCUGCAGCUGAGGAGGGACAGCAGCGCUAAAGCCUCACAGCUCAGUCAGAUGGAGGAGACGCUGCAGGAGACCAGGGGCAUGCUGGAUAAGAAGAGUGAAAUGGUGCUGGACCUGGAGGAGAAGCUCCACCGGAGCGAGAUGGACAGGCGGAACUCUCUGCAGCGGGCUCAUUUGCUGGAGGAGCAGUUAAACACGGUGCGCGGCGAGCUGACUGACACACUCGGCCACCUGGAGGAGCUGAGAGACGUGCUGCAGAGGACUCAGCUCACCGCCGACCAGCGGCAGGCCACCAUCCACCAGCUCACCACAGAGCUCAGGGAGAGUCAGCGAGAGCUGGAGGAGAGGAAUCAUGAGGUGUUGGACAUGGACACUGCACUGAAGGAGAGACAGGGGGAACUGCAGCAGAGAGCAGAGCUGCUCGGACAGCUGGAUGUGGUCAUUAAGGAGCAUAAGCUGGAGAUGGAGAGGAAGGUGGAACAUCUGCAGGACGUGCUGGAGAAGACCGAGAGAAAGCUUAGAGAGAGAGAUAAACAGGUGGGGUUUCUGACUGAGAGGCUGGACUUGGUCAAAUCCCAGCUCCAGGGGAAGGAGGAUCUGGAAAAGAGUGCGUUGGAGCUUGGUCAGCAGCUACGUGUGUGUCGCGAGCAGCUCCAGAAGAGUGCACAGGAUCUGCAGGAUGCACACACUCGCUGUGAUGCUCUGAGCAGGCAGCUGGACGACGUCACACAGCAGGAGAGACAGAAGGAGACUGACGUACAGCAGCUGCAGGAGCAGCUCCGUGUGGUUGAGAAGCGACGGCUGCAGGGUGAGGCUCAGCUGCAGGCCACAGUCACUGAACUACAGCAAGAACUGGAGCAGCAAAGAGAAGAGCACAACAGAGAGGUGUCAGCUCUUCAGCAGACACGUGGGCAGCUCCUGAAGGUGUCCGAUCAGAUCUCCAUCAGCCUCCGUAGCUCUCAGGAGCAGAUGGAGGAAGCCAGAGCCAACGCCGCCGAACUCCACACACAGCUCCACUGCACUCGGCAGCUCUUACAGCACGCCAACGAAACGCUGCUCAUUAAGGAAUCGGAGAUCGCACGUCUCCAAGCGAAGAUCUCCAGCCUUGAGAGAGCCUCCGAGCUCCGCAGCUCCACGCUCCAUCAUGAGUCUAGCACUUUUUCUCCCCUCUCUCCUCCUCUCAAAGACCCGCUGCUUAGUUUUCCCCCUUCCCUCAGCAACCCCCUCGCUCGCUCCAGCAUCUCCUCUACCUCAUGGAGGGAAGCCUCCUCAGAUAUGUCUCUGGAGCUCUCGGAGAGUCUGAAGGCCAGCGUGAAGGCGGCACUGAAGCCUCCGAGUUCUCCAUGCAGCGGCUGGCAGGGCCUGAGCCACACAGAGCUCUCCUCCAGCUCAGACAUGACCUUCAACCCACUCACCUACAUGCUGGAUGCAGAGGAACCUGAGGAACCGGAAAUGGACUCUCUGUCAGGCAUGCUGAGGUUCGUUAAUCAGACUCUGGCCCUGCAGGAGCAGCACUCCGACACACACAUCCAGGACCACAGUGAAGACGGCUUUAAAGGGGACGUAUCAUAACAGGAAACGACACUUCGAAGACGAUCCUUAGAUCUUUCCAGAGUUUGGUGCAUUUCUGCAGAAGUCUGGUUGUAUGUUCUGUCCAUCAGAUGCUCUGCUUUCCUCUCGUAGGACUUUAAAAAUACAUUAAAAACAAUCCUGGUCACUUGAAGUUUGAAUGUUUUUAUAUACUAAUGUGAGUCUGUGUGGCUUUUUUAACUUUUUUUGACUUUUUUAAAGCUCUUUUUUAUACUUGUCUGCAAUAAAUGAAUCUAUUUUUUGAUUUA